AUGGCGUCCCAUCUCCCAAACGGCCCUCGGCGACACAGUUCCCAGUCCGGGGGCGGCGUGUCCCUAGAAGAUCUACCCAAAACCAACAAUUUCACCACCAAACUUCCCCCGGAUCCCGCAUUCGAAACACCCGAAUCGUCGCACAAUGCGCCCCGGGAAGCAUUGGGGCCGCGCAUGGUCAAAGGCGCGCUGUACACCUAUGUUCGUCCAGAGCCGCAAGAUGAACCGGAGUUACUGGGAGUAAGCCCUCGGGCUAUGAAGCAUAUUGGGUUAAAAGACGGAGAGGAGCAGACCCAGGCGUUUAAGGAUAUGGUAGCUGGGAAUAAGAUCUUUUGGAGCCAGGAGGGCGGCGGAAUAUACCCUUGGGCGCAAUGUUAUGGAGUGGAGCUUGGGCGGGACAAUUGGGUGAUGGGUCUAUUCGAAAGUAUAAAUCCAGAGACGAAUAAAAGAUAUGAGAUUCAGCUCAAAGGCGCAGGCAAAACACCAUAUUCUCGUUUCGCCGAUGGCAAGGCCGUCCUUCGUUCAAGCAUUCGCGAAUAUAUAGUUUCAGAAGCUAUCAACGCUCUUGGAAUACCCACAACCCGUGCCCUUGCGCUGACACUCCUUCCCAAUGUCGGCGUCAGACGUGAAAAGAUUGAACCCGGAGCAAUUGUUACGCGUUUUGCUGAGUCUUGGCUUCGAAUUGGAACUUUUGAUCUCCUCCGUGCGCGCGGAGAUCGGGACCUGACCCGAAAAUUAGCCACUUACCUUGCCGAAGAUGUCUUUCCUGGUUGGGAGUCUCUCCCUACAGCACGGGUGUUUCCAAAGGAUAGUUCACCCCCUGCCGACAUUGCCGAUCCUCCACGAGGAAUACCUAAAGACGAAAUACAAGGAGAAGAAGGAGCAGAGCAAAACAGAUUUGCCCGAUUGUAUCGAGAGGUUGUACGGCGCAAUGCAAAUACCGUUGCCCAAUGGCAAGCGUAUGGCUUUAUGAAUGGGGUGCUGAACACUGACAAUACUUCACUUUUUGGCCUCUCGCUCGAUUAUGGGCCAUUUGCCUUUAUGGACAAUUUCGACCCUAAUUACACCCCAAACCACGAUGAUCAGUUGUUACGGUAUUCUUAUAAGAACCAGCCGUCGGUGAUAUGGUGGAAUCUGGUUCGCCUUGGCGAAUCUCUUGGGGAGCUAAUAGGCGCCGGAGACAAAGUCGACGACGAGACUUUUGUUACUAAGGGAAUAACCGAGGACUUUGCGCCGGUGCUGAUCAAGAGAGCGGAGACGAUCAUCGAUAAUGCGUCAAAAGAAUAUAGAGCUGUGUUCUUGAAUAGGUACAAACAGCUUAUGGCCGCACGGUUGGGCCUCAAGACCCAGAAAGAUUCGGAUUUUGAAAAGCUGUUCUCUGAUUUGCUUGAUACCCUCGAAGCAUUAGAAUUAGACUUUAAUCAUUUCUUCAGGAAACUGUCUGGGCUUUCGUUGAGUGACGUUGAGAGCGAAGAGAAAAGGAAAGAGAGCGCCGGUGUAUUUUUCCACAAAGAAGGCGUUGGAGGCAUUGGCAACACAGAAGAGUCUGCCAGGGAACGUCUUGCAAAUUGGCUCUCCACUUGGAAAGAUAGAAUAGUGGAAGAUUGGGGGAAUGGCUCAGAUGCCGAACGGCAGACAGCCAUGAAGGCAGCGAACCCAAAGGUGAGGACAUGCCUCAGUAAAAUAUCCCCAUUGCUAACACGCUCUAGUUCCUUCCUCGAUCCUGGGUUCUGGAUGAAGUGA